CUUAGGAUGCUCUCGUGCUUUGUGAACGUUUGUGAUUGUUGUCUCUUACAUGAUUUCAUCUUCACGAUGCGCACCGGAUAUUAUUUAGACAGUAUAAAAAUAUAAUAUUUACAAAGUCGUUGUUGUACAUAGAUGAUUUCGUGAUCAUCUGAGUUAUUUAGGCUAAAUGUUGGUCCGUGUAAUUUGGCAUCUAAACAUCUUAAGUAUGAAGAAUAAACACUGAAGAGUCGAUGAUGAUAAUAAUGGCAUCUUUAUUCUCAGGAAAUGAUUGAUAUUUAAAGCACCAUGCCUCCAGUAACCUCUCAGGAACUUCCUCUCAACAUCUAUGUGGUCAUUUUUGGCACUGGGAUAUUUGUUUUUGUUUUAAGUGUGAUAUUCUGCUGCUUCUUUAUAAGUAAACUGAGACAUCAGGCACAGAAUGAUAGAGACGGUUACAGCAUGGUUGUUUUCAAAGAUGAAACAACGACGUUACAUACAGACGUGUUAACAUGCGCAGUCUGCUUGGAGGACUUCAGGACAAAAGACGAGCUUGGGGUGUUGCCAUGCCAACACGCCUUUCACAAAAGGUGUUUGGUGAAAUGGCUGGAAGUGAGAUGUGCAUGUCCCAUGUGCAAUAAACCCAUCAGUACAGCUCUGGGCCAAACGCACAGCCCAGGAAACCUGCUGGAUGAAUUACUUUAAUCUUUCAGCUAAAAGACUUCAUGCAGGACACUCAUGGAAAAAAAUCGUAUUCUGCUUAUUUGAAGCACCGCAUCAUUUGUAAUGUUUUAUAUGUCCAUUUUAAAAUCAAAAUGUUUACAUACA